AUGCAUGAUGUGAUAAAGAAAGUCAAGAAGAAGGGGGAGUGGAAGGUGUUGGUGGUGGACCAGUUGAGCAUGAGGAUGCUGUCCUCCUGCUGUAAGAUGACAGACAUCAUGACUGAGGGGAUCACAAUUGUGGAAGAUAUCAACAAGCGCAGGGAACCACUCCCGAGCCUGGAGGCAGUGUAUCUCAUCACUCCAUCUGAGAAGUCUGUCCACUCUCUCAUCAAUGACUUUAAGGACCCACCGACUGCUAAGUAUCGGGCUGCACAUGUCUUCUUCACUGACUCUUGUCCAGAUGCCCUGUUUAAUGAGCUGGUAAAAUCUCGAGCAGCUAAAGUCAUCAAAACUCUGACGGAAAUCAACAUUGCAUUUCUGCCGUAUGAAUCCCAGGUGUAUUCCUUGGACUCUGCUGACUCAUUCCAAAGCUUCUACAGUCCCCACAAGGCUCAGAUGAAGAAUCCUAUACUGGAGCGUCUGGCAGAGCAGAUUGCAACUCUGUGUGCCACCCUGAAGGAGUACCCAGCUGUGCGGUAUCGGGGGGAAUACAAGGACAAUGCCUUGCUGGCUCAGCUAAUCCAGGACAAGCUUGAUGCCUAUAAAGCUGAUGACCCAACAAUGGGGGAGGGCCCAGACAAGGCGCGCUCCCAGCUCCUGAUCCUGGACCGUGGCUUUGACCCCAGCUCCCCUGUGCUCCAUGAACUGACUUUUCAGGCUAUGAGUUAUGAUCUGUUGCCUAUUGAAAAUGAUGUGUACAAGUAUGAGACAAGCGGCAUUGGGGAGGCACGGAUUAAGGAGGUGCUCCUGGACGAGGAUGACGACCUGUGGAUAGCGCUGCGCCACAAGCACAUUGCUGAGGUGUCCCAGGAAGUCACCCGGUCUCUGAAAGAUUUUUCUUCUAGCAAGAGAAUGAACACUGGAGAGAAGACCACCAUGCGGGACCUGUCCCAGAUGCUGAAGAAGAUGCCCCAGUACCAGAAAGAGCUCAGCAAGUAUUCCACCCAUCUACACCUUGCUGAGGACUGUAUGAAGCAUUACCAAGGCACCGUAGAUAAGCUCUGCCGAGUGGAGCAGGAUCUGGCCAUGGGUACUGACGCCGAGGGAGAGAAGAUCAAGGAUCCCAUGCGAGCCAUCGUCCCCAUUCUGCUGGAUGCCAACGUCAGCACUUAUGACAAAAUCCGCAUCAUCCUUCUCUACAUCUUUUUGAAGAAUGGCAUCACCGAGGAAAACCUGAACAAACUGAUCCAGCAUGCCCAGAUUCCCCCGGAGGACAGUGAGAUCAUCACCAACAUGGCUCACCUCGGUGUGCCCAUCGUCACAGAUUCCACACUGCGUCGCAGGAGCAAGCCAGAGCGGAAGGAGCGCAUCAGCGAGCAGACCUACCAGCUCUCCCGAUGGACCCCAAUUAUUAAAGACAUCAUGGAGGACACUAUUGAGGACAAACUUGACACCAAACACUAUCCUUACAUCUCUACGCGCUCCUCUGCCUCCUUUAGUACCACUGCUGUCAGCGCCCGCUAUGGGCACUGGCAUAAGAAUAAGGCCCCAGGGGAGUACCGCAGCGGCCCCCGCCUCAUUAUUUUCAUCCUUGGGGGUGUGAGCCUGAAUGAGAUGCGCUGUGCAUAUGAGGUGACCCAAGCCAAUGGCAAGUGGGAGGUGCUGAUAGGAUCCACGCACAUUCUCACCCCCCAGAAACUGCUGGACACACUGAAGAAACUGAAUAAAACAGAUGAAGAAAUAAGCAGUUAAAAAAAUAAGCUGCCCCUCCACACACAACCCUUCUUCCCACAGUGCUCUGCAGCUCCUGCGCCGCCAGGCACAUGGUUACUUUGCCGACUUUCCGUCCGUCGCCUCCCCAGCUCUGCACGCCCUGGCCGGCACUGUCGCCACUGUGUUCUCGUGCUUAGUGAUGCCCUCUUCUUGUUUGAGACAAAAGAAAAUAAUGCAUUGUGUUUUUUAAAAAGUAUCUUCUAUAUGUAAACUAAAAGAAGAAGCUCAUGUGCAAGCAUCAUGCUGCAGAAGUCUUUGAACUGUUUGGAAUGAAUGGACGCCUUCUACCCCUUAUGUAUGAUUCUGUGACCUUGUACAUAACCCUAUGCAACGUGUGCAAAUGGCUUGAGUAUGGAAAGGCAGAAGUUUGGGUGUUUUUAAAAACUUGUUUUGGGUUGUUCUUGUAGGGAAUCAUAGAGAUGUCUGUGUUCUUGGAGUAUUUCACACUGAGGAUUAAUCUGUUGCCUUCACUCCAGCUCCUACCCCUUGGGGCCAGCCCUCGUCUAGAUAAGCCAGGAAGUGACAAUCAGGGGAUGUCUCCUGAGGUCUGAGGAGGAGCAGGCCUCUGUGCAUUUCCCAGUGGCUCAUGCCCCAGUGGGGUGGCUGUGGGUGGGGCUAGCAGUAUCCGUGUAAAGCCAGACUAGCAUCCUAUCCACAGCCUGUCACUGCUGCUUCCCUGGCUGGUGCCCACAGUGCUGGGAUCCUGAGGGAAAUCCUUCUCCUCAGUCAUGGCACCCAGUCAUGGACAAGUGGAGAGCAAAGCCCCGCCUGGGAGAAGCAGUCCGGCGUGAUCUUACUGACCAGAGCCCUUCCUUCCCCUCCAUCACCCCAACAGCUCAUUCUCUUUAGUCGGGUCACCCUAGGGAGAGUUCAAGGGCCAGCAGUGGGUUGGAACAGAUGGGUUCUGGAGGCUCUGGUCAAGGGGCCCUCUGCUGUAGAGAAGGGCACUUGGCCUGAAGAAUAGCCCAUUGGAUCCAUACAGACUCUGUACUCCCCCAGCAAACAACUUUUGCUAGAUUAUCCUCAGUUUAAGAUACUUCCUAAUUCUUUAUUUUGUGUAUUAUGAGGUUAUAUGUCAUUGUGCUUGUAAGAGAAAAUGAACAAUUUGUUCUCUGUGUAAAAAUUCAGCUGUAAAAACUUAGCUGUAAAGCAAAAAUUAAAGCAGCAAGUGCAGGAAGGGUGCCCCACCAUCCGCAGGACUCAGCAGUUCUUGCUCUCCAGUGGUGAGCACACCAUUUGUUCUGCUGCUGUUGUCAUGAAAUAUAAUGACAGUGGAAGUCACAAAAAUGUCCCUUGCCCAGCCCCCCCGCCGCCCUUUAACCCCCACAGAUUGUGUGUAUAUUACUGUGUCUCGUGACGUCGUUGCAAACGUGUGGUGUAUGCUAGUUCCGCGCGGCCCUGCCCGCUAGAUGCAUUGUGGUGUUCCCUUCUCAAGGCUUUGAAAUCUGCCCUUUGCACUCAGACUAGUUUUCAGGUCUCUGCUCUCUGUGUCCCUUCUCCCCCUUAAUAUAUCUUAUUUCCUUAGGACAGAACUAUAAGUACUUGCAUUGGUUUGUUUCUUACUGUCACUGCCUGUUUUGUUCCCUCCCUCUGACCAAACUACGCUCAUGCUUCAGGACCUUGUUUGUUGAACACGUUGGUUUUCUUUUCUGUUAUUUAUAUUAAAAUAAUUUACAAAGAGGAUAUUUUAAAAAGGUUAGUCUGUCUUGAAACUUGUUUACCUUAAAAUUAUCAGAAUCUCAGUGUUUGAAAGUAUUGAAGCACAAACAUGUAUCAUCUCUGUACCAU